AUGGGCAACAGCAGUAGUUCCUCCUUUGAUACAGAAACAGCCAAUGGCCUCUAUUUCAAAGAGUCUGCCAAGCGAGGCUUACAAGUAGCCAAGGCAGCUGGCACAUCCAUCCUUCUCUCGCCUGUGAUCAUCCUAGCGCUUCCCUUUGUAGGUGCCUAUGAAUUCAGUACUGCGCUGGAAGAAGAAAUGAUAACCGGCUACAAAGUAGUGGAUGGCAUGAUUGGUGGUUUGUUUGGUGUCAUUGCAUCUCCCAUUGCACCUCUGUAUUGCUUUCUAACAUCCAUGCAAGAGAUCUUUAACACCACGAGCACAGCACAACAACAUCGACGACAUAUCAAUCAAUCGUAUCUGAGGAAAGCGUACGGCAUGCUGCGAUUGGAUUCCAAUGUGUAUAAUGUGGUGGUUACCGGGUGUCCAGGUACAGGCAAGUCCUCCUUAUUGAAUGCGCUUUUAGGGUACCGAAGCAAUCAUCCCAAAGCUGCUGCGAUAGGCGAGAUAGAAACCACCAUAGAGCCUAAGCGAUAUCAGCAUCCAGCGUUACCUAAAUUGCAUCUGUGGGAUAUGCCUGGCAUUGGUACACCGAGACAUCCUACCAACAGAUUUUUUGACACGUAUUUUCUCGGCGCAUUUGAUGCCAUAUUGGUUGUCUUUGAUGACAGACUGAUGGCCAGCGAUGUAGAGAUUGCCAGAAAAGCCAAACUAUACAAUGUGCCUGUAUUCUUUAUCAAGAACAAGGCUGAUCUAGCGAUUGAGACGAAAAUGCAGCGCAUGAGAAAAACAACUAUCCAGGCGUGGGCCAUUGCUGUGUCAGAGCUGACAACUGAGAUCAAAGGCUCCAUUUACAAAAGCAUGCAGCAAUUUGGCCUCAAUACAAACCAAUUGUACAUUGUCUCGUCCAACAAUUUGCUUGAUUUUGUGAUACGUCUUCAAAGUCAACGAUUUACAAACAAUGAGAAACUCAUACAUGAAAAGCUCUUGAUCACCAACUUACUCGACACUAUUGCCAAUCAAAGAGACGGUAGGAUCAUCCAUAGCGAUAGCGAUACUUCAUCCAUCAUCUAUCUGUAG